CAGCCGGGCCACAUCCGCGGAGCGCAGCGGCGGGGGCGGGACUUCCGGCGCGGCACGGAAGCGGCGACGCCGGUUGGAGAAACUGGUGGCGUGCGGAUGCUGGCGGCGCGGCACGUCGUGUGCGCCCUGUCCGGCGGCGUGGACAGCGCCGUGGCCGCGCUGCUGCUGAGGCGGAGAGGUUAUCAGGUGACAGGGGUGUUUAUGAAGAACUGGGACUCCCUGGACGAACAUGGAGUCUGCACUGCUGACAGAGACUGCGAGGAUGCUUACAGAGUUUGCCAAAUCUUAGACAUCCCUUUCCAUCAGGUGUCCUACGUGAAGGAGUAUUGGAACGAUGUGUUCAGUGAUUUUUUAAAUGAAUAUGAAAAAGGAAGGACUCCCAACCCUGACAUCAUCUGCAACAAGCAUAUCAAAUUCAGUUGUUUUUUUCAUUAUGCUAUGGAUAAUCUUGGAGCAGACGCAGUUGCCACCGGUCACUAUGCAAGAACUUCGCAGGAAGAUGAAGAAGUCUUCCAGCAGAAGCACAUUAAGAGGCCAGAAGGGCUUUUCAGGAACCGCUUUGAAGUUAGAAAUGCGGUAAAGCUUCUCCAAGCAGCUGACAGCUUUAAAGACCAGACCUUCUUUCUCAGCCAGGUUCCCCAGGAUGCCCUGAGGAGAACCCUCUUCCCUCUGGGGGGGCUAACGAAAGACUUUGUAAAGAAAAUAGCUGCUGAGAACAGACUUCAUCAUGUGCUUCAGAAGAAGGAGAGCAUGGGCAUCUGCUUCGUCGGUAAAAGAAAUUUUGAAAAUUUCAUCCUUCAGUAUUUACAGCCUCGGCCUGGUAAAUUUAUUUCUAUAGAAGACAAUAAAGUUCUGGGAACACAUCAAGGUUGGUUCCUGUACACUUUGGGCCAGAGAGCCAACAUCGGCGGCCUACGCGAGCCCUGGUACGUGGUGGACAAGGACGGAACCAAGGGCGACGUGUUUGUGGCACCGCGCACCGACCACCCAGCCUUGUACAGGGACCUGCUGCGGACCAACCGCGUACACUGGAUCGCGGAGGAGCCGCCCUUAACCCUGGUCCGCGACAAGAUGAUGGAGUGCCAGUUCCGGUUCCGCCACCAGAUGGCGCUAGUGCCAUGUGUCCUGACCCUCAACCAAGACGGCACCGUGUGGGUGACGGCUGUGAAGGCUGUGCGGGCCCUCGCCCUGGGACAGUUCGCGGUGUUCUACAAAGGGGAUGAGUGCCUGGGCAGCGGGAAGAUCCUGCGUUUGGGGCCCUCUGCCUACACACUCCAGAAGGGCAAGACCAAGUCCGCAGUGGCCACCGAGGACUCCGGCGAUGGCCCACGCUCGGGGCCCACGCUCUAGGCGCCGGGAGCAGAUGUGACGGAGCAGAGCCCGGUUUGGCCAGCCAGGGCCAGGACCUGGGCCGCUGCUGCUGAACAGGGAGCCUGGCCAUGGAGAGCCCAGGAAGGCCCGUCCUGUCUUCUCCGAGUUGGAACUCCGCCCAGAGGACUUGCUGGCUAGUGGGUCUGUCCCAGGCACCCCAUUUAUAGAGUUCCAUUCAUACCCAGGGGAGGUUUCCACCAGGAGCGCACGGACGGGCCUGUGCAGGGGCUGCAGGGACAGCGCUGAAUAAAACUUCUGUCCACGA